UUCCGUGUUGUAGGAAACCAUAUUAGUUUCACUCCCGUGUAUACUGUAUCUCUGGUCUUUACCGAUUGAACUUGAACACGGUGAAACGUGGUAUCGUUUAUCAAAAUGCAAGUGCCACCCAUUUUCAUGGAAUUGCCCUUAGAUGACCAGGCGCAGGAACUCAGAGUAUAUUUUAAAAGCCUUGGUGCAGAAAUUAGCGAAGAGAAAUCUCCCAAAGGUAUAGAAGAUGAUUUGCACAAGAUUAUCGGCGUAUGUGAAGCGUGUUUCAAAGAAGGAAAUGAAAGUGAAAUAGAAACUGUGUUGAAUGACAUCGUAUCUAUCAUGAUUUUGAUUCCUACAGAACGUGCUGAAAAUUUAAUUUUGGCAUUCUGUGAAAAACUUGUAAAAGCACCUGGUUAUAAGCUUGGAUUAGUUUGCUUAAAAGCUUUAUGGCUAUUAUUCCAAUCUCUUGCUGAUGAUUCUCCAAUGAGAUAUCAUGUUUAUUACCAUUUGGUACAAAUAGCUCGCAAUGUUGAUCAAGUAAAAGCUGUGUACAGUGGAAUAGAUCAAUUAAAGCAACAAUUUGCUUCCUUUCCUCCAUCGAAUGAACAAAUGCAAAAAUUAUUGCGUCUGUUACAUGAAGUUCUUUUGAACUGCAAACAGGGAGAGCAAGCAGCAGCUGUUAUGGUGGAGUUAUUGGGAACUUAUACAGCAGAAAAUGCUUCCGCGGCUAGAGAAGAUGCCCAACGUUGUAUAUUAGCUGCGUUAGCGGAUCCAAAUACAUUUUUGUUAGAUCCACUUUUAGCUUUGAAACCUGUGAGAUUUUUGGAGGGUGAAUUGAUACAUGAUUUACUUCUUGUAUUUGUGCAAGAUAAAUUACCAGCGUAUUUACACUUCUAUCAACAUCAUAGAGAAUUUGUUGAGCAUCAACUUGGAUUAAAUCAUGAGCAAAAUAUGAAAAAGAUGAGAUUACUGACAUUUAUGCAACUUGCAGAAACAAAUCCAGAAAUGUCUUUUGAUACAAUACAAGAAGAAUUGCAGAUUGGUGAAUCUGAAGUAGAAAGCUUCAUAAUUGAUGUUUUGAAAACUAAGCUUGUGAGAGCACGUAUGGAUCAGGCCGGCCGUAAAGUAUUAAUUUCGAGCACAAUGCAUAGAACAUUUGGUCGUCCACAAUGGAUGCAAUUGCGAGAUUUACUCGUAUCGUGGAAAGCUAAUCUCUCGGCUGUGCAGGAUGGUAUGAAAACCGUAGCUGCUGCACAAAUGGAACUUGCAGUAAAGAACAAAGCUACUCUUGCUCACUGACAGUAUCAAAGUUACAUAAAUAUACGCAAUUAUUCAUUAGUGUAGAGAGUAAGUAAAAGUUUUUCCCGGAUAUAAUGGAAAUUUACAAACCUAGCUAAUAAAUGAGUAAAGUAACUAAAGAUUCAUGGUAAUCAUGUACUACAAUAUUAUACUUGUAUAGCACAGAGCUAUCAAGAGAAAAUUUUACAAAAGUUUAAAUAUGAUUCGUUAAUAUUAACCCCUUUGUAUCAUUAAAUUAUUUUUAUGAAAUAAAUUUAAAUUUAUCACAAUA